UAUUUUCUAUAAAUCUAUUGUUUUAAUAGUAAAUAAACUUUCUUGUCGCUAUUUUUUUCUUCUUGUCGCUAAUAUUUUUCUUCUUGUCGCUUCUUGUCGCUAAAAUUCUUCUUGUCCCUAAUUAGUGAGACCGGAAUUUUGUUUCUUUUCCCUUCCCCUUAUAUAAUGCAACCUACACAAGAAAAAUGUCCCUACUCAAAAAGUUUUGUUUUGACAUUCUAAAUAGAAAUACAAAAUGUAGUUGUUUUCUUUCAAGUCUCUUGAUAAAUAAUAAAAAAUGUAAAUUUCAUGACAUUUUUGUAAAUUUCCUUUCAUAAAUAUUAAAUAAGAUAUUUUUCCUACAUGAACCUUCAGGUACAUUUUUGUACAUGUACCUACCCAGUACUUACCCACUAUAUAAAAUUUGGGUCUAAAAAGGGGAAACAACAUAUAUUUUAAGUUUGGCCUCACGAUAAAACAAAAUGAUAUCAGCUACCUUUCAGUAUAUUCAAUUUUUAUCUUACAGGUACGGCUUAGGUAGUCUUUUGGAGGUGGUAUGUCAGAUAUGCUCUGGUAUGAAACUGGUAUCUACAGGCAAGCGGAAUGAAAAAGGCGCAUUUGAUAUCAACUCAAAAGUUGCUCUUGCAAUGAUGCACUCUGGAAUGGGUCCUGAUCAUGUUGUGAAUUUUCUCAGCACAUGUAACAUACCCCCACCUGAUCUCAAGACACUGAAAAAGGAGGAGAAAUGUAUAGCAUUGUCACUUAUGGAUGAGGCAUCCGAUUCCUGUAAAACUGCUAGUGCAGAAGAAAAAGCUAUUUCCCCAAGUGAUGAAUUAGAAUGCAGUUUUGAUGCUGGUUGGCAAACAAGAGGCUCUGGUUGGCAAUAUAACAGUAACACAGGACAUUCCAGUCUAGUUGGUGUAAAGACAGGGAAAAUUCUAGACUAUGAUAUAAGAACUAAACUUUGCAGUAUAUGCCAGCAUCAUUUGGGAAGAAAGGAAACAAUUCCAAAUCAUCAAUGCAACAGUAAUUGGCAAGGGUCAAGUAAAGGCAUGGAACCUGACAUGGCUUUAUCCAUGGUUACUAGGAUGGACGACAGAGGGUGCACAGUUGGCAUUAUUCACGCAGAUAAUGACUCUACAACAACAUGGAAGCAAAAAUUUGAAAAAAUUAAAAAAAGAGACGACAAGAACCAUGUCAAGAAAAAUCUGUCAAAACAACUGUAUGCAGCAGCAAAGAAGUACAGAGAGCUGAAGGGGAAAGGAGUUAUUCCUUACAUACUUAUAUGCUAUAUGUAUGCUAUAAGUUCAAAACAGUCAAAGGAGGAUGAACUUUGUGAAAGAUUAGACAGUGUAGUUCCACACCUCUUUGGAGACCAUUCAGGCUGUUCUGGGGAUUGGUGCACAUAUUCCAAGCAACCCUCACCAUACAGAUCAUAUGGUGGAACCAGCUCAUUAAAAGCAAGAGUUUCAGCUGCAGUUCUUCAGAAGUAUGAAGGUUAUACCUGGGUUAACAAGAGAACUUAG